UCUUCACGAAGCCCCAAAGCGUUUCACAUCCUUCUUCUUCGAACGUAUCCUUCUAUGCACACGUUAUGAUUAGUGGCCCACGAUGGUUAUUUCCAGCCAUCGAGCAAUACUCCUCCACUCAUUAUGCUUCAUUAUCUGCCUCUCCAUCGUGGUAGCAGAAACUUACACCAACGCAGCAUGCAACGCCGUUGAAGCCACGAUGGGCUCAUGCGCGCAGCGCUGGGAUAGUAUCCGCACCGAAUGCACCAAUUCUGUAACCACAAACACCAUUUGGCCUGGGCCGUGCGAAUGCUCUUACUAUGCCAACGAUCUGCCUUGUUUUGACGAGCAGGCGGCAUGCGCGAACCAAGUUUGGACACAGCUACCGCAGUGGUUUCGAGACGGUGUUACAAGCUGUUUGAUGAAGGAUGAGAGCUAUACUAUAAGAGCGCAACUUGGUUCGGUGGAAAAUCCAUUUUCGACGACAGGUAUUGCGGGCAAUGUCACUCGGGCUACAGCAGCACAGACCGGUAGAAUGAUUUCGAGUCCCACGGUGAGCUCUACGACAGGUAGUUUCAAUGUGCCCUCAGCUACGACGAACAGCCACAGUACGAUAUACACACCUCUUUCAACGAGUGCAACAGUUUCAGGCAUUCAGAGAGCGUCCUCUAGUGGCUUUUCGGCUGGCAGCAAAGCCGGAAUCGGAGUCGGUAUCACUAUCGGAAUCCUCACCACCAUCGCUCUCGCCGUAUGGCUUGUUAAGAGGAAACGGAGAUCACUUUCGGACGAAGCCACCGAGACUGAGUCUGGAACUGCAGAGCUGCAUAACAAAGAUGUGAAGAUAUAUGAGACCGAGGUUGAAACGUACUCAAAGCACGAAUUAGCUGCUGGCUCAAGGCCCGAAUUAGGUGGAAAUCCGCGAAGCGAGCUUGAUGGAGGUGCAACGAGGGAGAUACCAGGAAUUCAUGCGCUUCAUGAAGUAGAUGGACAGGCGAUGGACGGACCAGGUGGAAGAUUUACGGAAAGACAGGAUUAGUAGGUUGGCUGAGAGCCGUUGCCAAAGGUGCCUGAACAUGUGGUCGUCGGCUGUGAUUCCUUUGUAUAUUAUGGCAAUAAACCCUCAGAAUAAGAUACUAUUCGAAGAAGGCGUUCUUGGUUGUUGCAUCCAGGCUUAUCUGGAAGGCAUGUUGAAAUCUGAGUCGUCGGAAAAAAGGCGAUCGUCGGGUGAAGUGACAAGAAGAAUGGCAAAAACAUAUAAUUGUAGGGGUUCGAUAGUAGUCAUCCACCCAACUACUGAUCAGGCGCAUCGAAAUAUGUUACAUGUCCGAUAGUAUUCAGUGUAUCUAAAGAUAUUCCUACGUCUUGCUCGAC